UCCAUGUGCUUCUGAUUUCUAGAUUAAGUUUUCAAAAUUAAAAUUUAUUUGAAGUAAGUUUGAACGAGAAGUCGAACACCCAUCAAUUAUCAUAAAACACUUAAUAAGAAAACAUACUAGUUACGUUUUAAGUGUCUCCAUAAUAUCUGAAACAAUGUAAAACAUUCCAUGCUAGGCGUAUGCGGAGAUUACAUUUUUUUUUCGAUCGUUAUUGUCCACUAACAUUAAUAUGGAAUUGACCAUUAAUACGAGUAGGUUCACCGAUUACUUGCAUUUGCACAAGAAAUCAAGUAGAAACCGUGGUUCAAUAAUGAAACGUUUGAGAGCUAAACGCAAAAACGCAAUUUUAGGAUUCAACAAGUGGUUCGAAAAAGAACAUGAUUAUUGUUUACCAAUCAAAAAAAGAAGUGAUUAUGAUCAGAAGAGUAAUACCUCCAAAGAAGAUGAUGAAGACUUUGAUGCAAUUAAUAAAUCAUUAAUAUCAGAUUCUAUAUCAUCCGAUGUUUCAAAAACAAUAACAAACCUAGAGAAAAUAAAUGUAAAUAACGAGUUAUCUAGUUGUAGCUUAUAUGCUAUCGAUGUUACAACAGAAUUGUUAAAAGAUGCAUUAUUAGAAAAUCAAAAAAAUUAUGUACACUCAACAAACAUAGCAAAAGAUAGUAUUAACUCUUCUGAUGAUUAUGUAUCUAAUAUUUUAAAUAAUUGCAACCAAAGUGAUAUUACUCCAAGAGAAUGUACACCACCAAAAGUAUUUUCACCCAUGGAUAUUGACUGUGACAUGAUCAAAUUGUUCCCAACUUUAGAUUUUUCUACAGAACACAAUCUAAACGAAAAACAAGAACACAACAAGUAUAAGGAAAAUAUAAUUGAAACUGAAACACCUAAACACACGGAUGAAACUACAACGGAGAAGAUACUUUUGCUCAAUAAAUCAUUUAAUGAUAUUGUUUCUCAACCUUUACAGACAGAAAAAGCUGUAAAAAGUGACUGUAAGGUUAAAUCCAAACUAACUCACAAUAUACAGAAAAUAUCAUCUAGCAAGCCAACCAAUGUUACGCACCUUCAACGGCUUCAACUACCAUCUGAACAAUAUAUAAGUAUAUUUAAUCGAUAUCAGAGCAAGUCCAAAGAACAAUUUAUUGAACAGUUUGAAAAUCCAGGACCCUUACUAUUGAGAGAUCUCCUUUGCGGUUCAAAACCUAAAACUAUUAUUAGUCCUUACACCCAUAGGUAUUUAAAACCAUACAUAUUCAGAGAUUUGGUGACUAAGCCGCUAUGGUUAAAAAUGUUGAAUGAAUUAAAAGAACAUUUUAGACGGAAAAAUGGAUUGCCUAAAACUAAAGAAAUUCAAUCAAUUGACUACAGUUAUGUCCGUUCAAAACAUAUAAAUUCAGUGAAUGCAUUGGCAAGACAAUUUUUCUGGCCUGGAAUUGAUUUGACUGAAAGUCUAUUGUAUCCAGAUUUCAGUGUCAUUGCAUUAUAUAAAAACUUGAUAAUUGGUUUUGGUUUCAUGGUUCCAGACAUAAGUACAAAUGAAAAUUAUAUAACUUUUUUGUUCACUCGUCCUCAUUGGACUAAUUGUGGUAUUGCUAAAUUUAUGAUAUACCAUUUAAUUCAGACUUGCAUGACCAGAGAUAUAACUUUACAUGUCUCCGUGAAUAAUCCAGCUAUGAUACUAUAUCAAAAGUUUGGAUUCAAAAUUGAAGAAUUUGUUCAAAAUUUUUAUGAAAAUUAUAUUCCUGCAGAUUCAGAAAUGUCUAAACAUGCCUUUUUUAUCCGUUUACGCAGUACUUUAAACACCAAAUUAAACUAAUACAAAAUGCCAUAAAAAGUUUUAGUAUUUAUAUGCGAUCUUCUGACAAGUUUUGUUAAAUUUUAUGAAAAUAUUUUGUAUACACUGAAUUUACAUUUCUAUACAAUAUACCUACCUUGAGUAUUUUAUUAUUUUAUAAGUUUGCUAAAAAAAAAUUUACAUUAUAUAAUCUGAUUUAUAAUGAAAAAUAGAGUACAAACGAUUCAUAUUAGAAAAUCACUGAUUAUAUAAAAUUUAAAAUUUUGUUAAUUUUAAUUUAUUUUUUUCUACACCAUUUUUAUUUUAAGUUCUAAUAUAUUAUUGUUGUCUGUGAAUAUUUUAUAUCAAUAG